AUGCUGAGAAAUGAAUCUCAGGGCGUGACUUGCACUGAUUUGGAAAGUGUCAUCCUGCGCAUAUUCAUUCCCCUUGCAACCCGAGAACCAACAGUCAUCAUCCAGUUGCUGUUUUAUGCUGCUCACCGUCUUGCCAAGCUCAAGGAUGCAAGGGAAGCUGUGCGAUUGUAUGAGCUGGUGUUAAAAUCCAAAUUUGUAUUUUGUGACUGCUUCAGCUCAAUCUCUGCCCUGCCAUCUCUGGUGACAAUCAAUAUUGAAUUGGCUGCUGCUCUUUUGGCAUCUUCUGAGCAUCACAAGUGUGGAUCUAAAUGUUUGGAAACACUGGGAAAAGUCUUGGAGAGAAGUUACAUAGGACCAGUGGUCUCUGCCCUCAGAGCAUAUGCUCUUGCUCAUGAAACAAGAUAUGAUGAUGCACUGGAAGCAGUGAAUGAUGCUCUCCUUCAAAUGAGACACACCUUAGUUUCAAGAGAGAAGGAACAUAUCCUUCCUGAAAACCUCCUCAAAGGCAAGCUGUAUGCUUUGAAAGCCUACAUUCUCCUCAGCCGGGGUUGGAAGCAAGAUUCCAUCAGUGCCAUCAGGCUAGGGAUAGCUUUCAUUCCAGGAGAUCCAUGCUGGGAAUAUCCAUGCAAGAAACUAAAUUUAGAUUUCCCUCAGCAAUCAAAACUCAUCCAUAACCUUGCUAAAUUCUGCAAGGUGUGCUCAGAGUCACGCAAUCUUCUGCAAUGCCUUGCCCUUGAGAGGUCUAUGUUAUUUGAUUAUAUUCCAUGGGAGGCAGUUCUUAAUGCUUGCCAUCUUCCCCCAACAUUGACCCUGCAAGAUCAUGAACAUGUGGGAGAUCCUGUCUUCUUUUCUCCAUGGUGAUGUGCUCUAUGGCAGUGUCCUGACCCUUUUCUUUUGAUGUUCUCAAUUUUAUUUGUGUAGUAUGAAAUGCAGAGCUAAAUUGUCUUUCUACAUGUUUUCUGAGCUUCCUUUGUGGGGUCCCCCAAAAUUACAGCCCUCUUUGUGUUCCUUGAUUUCGGCAAAUUUGCUCUGGUAUACAAGACAGACAGACCCUAUAGCUACGCAA